AUUAGAUAAAAAGGAAACAACCCCUUGUGCGGCAAAGACCAAGCAAAUACCCUACUAAUGGCUGCUCCUAGAGAACCACCUGCUAGGUUAUUCCAAAAUUACCAGAAAAAGGCGUUUUUGGCAAUGUUUUCUUUUGUGUGUUCUGCUACCUGCUGUGCGGGACUAAUCUCACCUUCGAGGAACAUUGAGAUGGCAGCAUGAGCUCUUGCAAGAUGCAGCUCCUAUUAGGGUUUAUUUCCCAGAAUGUCAGAAACAGAUCUUAAGAAAUUCAGAGGCGGGCAACACAGAGGAAUAGAGGGAAAUGGACUGAUUUAAGAGGAGAGAUUGAAAAAGAUAUUGUGAGAGAUGGCUUUUUCAGAGUAGACUGGCAAUUUCAGGAUGCCAGUUUAUGGUAUUAUCAGGAGAGGUCUGAUUUCCAGAAACUUCCGGGUGUGGAGUAAAGCAGACCCUCUAAAAGAUCCCCAAAACAGAAGCAAAACAUCAUUAAGUAAAACAUUUAUGGGAUUUUGAAAGGUAUUCGAGAAGUACAACCAAGAGAGGAGCAAGAGAGGACUAACUGCAGGUAACGGAAAAAUUAUAAAGAUAUGAAGACCGACGUGAAAAUCUGAGGAAAAAAUUAUGUGUAAAUAACCAUCAGCUAAUUUCAUUUAGUGUAAAAUUGAUGUUAUUGGAGCUAAAUCAGUGUAGGCCAGUUGAGAAUCUGGCCUUCCGUUUCUGCAGAAUAAUUAAGGAAAGCGGUAUGAGCCCUGGUGCAUCAUGCACAGGCUAUCUAAGUGGAUUACCAAAACACACUGCGAGGACUAUUUCCCCGUGCCUGCAGGCUCUGCUGUUUCGUCAGUGCAGCUCCUGCUUCCAUUGAGAAGAAAGAUAGGAGGAAGUGAAGGAAGCCAGAGGAGAGGAGAGCUCCUCAUUUCCCUCAUUUCCCAUUACUCAUAAGACUGGAAGAGCAAUAAGCGAGGUGCUAAAGGGACUUUUCCCCAAGGUGCUAUCCCGUUCCAUGGGCUACAGCAUGGAGAACUCCCACAUGCACAUUACACACCCUUGGGUUGAUUUCAUGUCCACCCGCGAGACAUCUGGAACCUGUAAAACUGCUGCUGUUCCAAAGGUAUAUAACCUGCCCUCCGAACACCUUCCCAGUCUGGCUGAGAGCAUCUGGUGGAGAUGAAGACUGCUCUUGUCACCUUGCUGGCUGCUGUCCUGUGCGUGGAACAAGCUUAUCCGUUUAUGUGCUAUGUGUGCCAAGAGCAGGAGUCCAACAAGAACUGUUUGACCAUUUCCAUGUGUGCAAAGGAAGACAAAUAUUGUGUGACUAUCCGUGACAACGUCGGAACAAAGCCCAACAGGCCUAAGUAUGUCAUCUCGAAGAUGUGCUCCCCAACGUGUCCAGCAGCAAGUCAGCAACAAAGCCAAGCCUCUCAAAGGGUUUCUUGCUGUGAGAAGCCAUUAUGCAAUGUGAAUGGAGCCAGCAGCAAGCAAAGCAGCUACGGAGUGAUGUCCCUGGGUGUCCUGGCCAGUAUCACUUACAUCUUUGUAUGUGGACUGUGAUGGGUUAGGAAAAGCUCUCCACGAUGGCCUUGUUGUCUGAAAUAAAAGUGUGUAGCUCUGGGAUAAUUACUGCUCUCAAGAGUCGUGCUUUGCAGACGAGCUUCCCUUGGGAUUUUUGAGAGUCUAAAUAAGGUAGGUGCUGAACUCUCAUUGAUUUCCUAAGCUUACUUGAAUCUUAAGUGUCCCCAGACAUUCAAGUCACCCAAGGAAACACAUAAAAGACAGCCAUUUUGACAUGUUCAGGCUUCACAUCGUUACUGCUCUGAAGAGGUCCUUGAAGACAUAUUUUUGUCACUUCGAGUUUCUGAGCACCGCAUGGAAUAACAA